CAUUCAACGAAAUUUCAAAAGUUGAUUUAAAUUACUAAAAGUUAAUCAAUUAAAACAAAUUUUGUUAAAAAAAAAAAAAAAGGAAAAGUUAUCGAGUUAACUGUCAAAUCAUCUGAGAAUUGCCUCAACUACACCUGAACUUCCGCUCACAGAAAUAUAUCUUCGAGCGAGAAAUUUCAAUUUCUUAGAAUCGAUAAAAAAUAUGUUUGGAUCAUAAAUUCUUGAAAUUAAUUUGUUUCGCGAUAACUAGAUAGCGUCAUUAGCAGAAUAUUUUUUUUUCAGAGUAGGAGAGCCUAAAAAAAAAUUUACAUAAUAGCUGUUUUUAUAUUCACGAAGUAGUAGUUAUUGCACUAUAGUAGCGAAUGUUACAAUUUUUUUUUUUCCGCACAACUACAAACUUUUUUUUUCAAAAUUUAUUUCAAGUGUGACUUUCAUGUAAUAAAGAAAAAAAAAAUUUUUUCAUGGAAAACUCGAAUUGAAAAAAAAAGAACCAUUGUGACAGUAAUUAAAAACCAAUUUUGAAUAAAAAAAAUUAUUUAAAAUUAAAAUUGCACACUUUAACCAAUUGUUGAUUUAAUCUGGUUCUCUUUUAAUCUAGAGUACUGAUGAAUUUAAUUAUUAUAAAAUAUUAAAUUAUUAAUCAAAAAAUAAUUAUUUCAUAUAAUGAUUUUAAAGAGUAAUUGAAUUAACGGCGUCAUGUAUAUUAAAAUUAACGAUGAAUAAUUAUCAGAGUAAAACGUCUUUAACGCUUCGCCCUUGAGGUGAGAAAUUUAUAUAGAUAAUCAAAAAACAUGUUGGUAUUGUGCGCCAAUCAUUAUAUAUUAUGUUUUUUAAUUACGCUAAUGUAAAUAUUUCUACAAGUGAUAUUAAAUAUUUUCGUACGAAAACGUUUCUUUUUUUAAUUAUUUAAGUAACAACGAGUAACUUUAUCGAUUUAACAGUUGAAUUGAAUGUAUAUAUAUCCUUCGAUUGAUACACUUAGUUGAAUAAAUCAAACAUUUAUAAAAUUGAUAAUUAUGAUUUGUUAUAUAUUGGUGUCAAUUAUGAAAAUAAUACAUAAGAUAAAUAUGUACCUGGGUUAUUUUUAAAUUUCCAUGUUAUCAUACGACACGGAGUAAUGUGUGAGGAUAUUCAAAUUAUAAAACCCAUUGAAUUUAAAAAUAACUGAGUUUAAAUUUAACUUUUUCUACUAAAUAAUUGAUCUAUUUAAAGAAAAAAAUUCUUAUUGACUUUUAUAAUCAAAUUGACAAUGACUCAUCACUUUAAUUCGGAUGGAAUUUCAAUUGGGAUUAUUCUACUAAUUAUUAAAAUCAGCAUAUUAUUAGUGUCAUCGGAAUUAGUUGUGAUUCAAAAAGGAGAUCCAAAAGACUGGAGCAAAGGCUCAUUCACGUAUUUUAAUAGAAUUUACGCAUUUGCUACAAUGGAAAACUCAUUGCAUUACGAUGGAUAUUGUCCUGGUGACUGUAGUAGCUUCGAUAAUCAUUUCAAGUAUGGUAAUACCGAUUUGUGCCGUGGAAUCGUUCAUAAAUGCUGGGUCCAUUUAGAAUCUAAUGAACGAAAGAAAGCAGUGGAAGAAUUCGUUGAUACUAUCAAUGAUAAGGGAAAAUGGAAAGGAUAUUCAAACAGAAGUGAAAUAAUUGCAGAUCUUGAAUAUAAAUUGGAUCAUACCGGAAAUGUUUGCGCAUGUUUAUGUGAACGGAAUUCUUCAGCUAGUUAUAAUUUUCGCGGCAAAUUACUUGACUCUAUUUGCUAUGAUCCUAUUUCAGCGGAUCCUGGAUACGUGGUGACAGGAGUCAGAUUCAAAAGAUAUGAGAACAGAAUUCAUCUUGAACUCCAACAGGGCAUACUAACAAAUGGACGAAUUAAUCCAGGCACCGUGAGAUGGAAAAAAUCGAGUAAAUGUAAUAAUGCGAAACCAGUAGUUUAUAAUUUCAGAGGUACUAUUUACAAAGGUUUAAAACUUGUAUUACAAGAUAUGAUUUUACCAAGCAAAGCAUUUGUUACAGGAGUAACUAUUGGAAAAACAAUACGCGGACGAUUUGUUACUAAAAAUGGAGAUAUAAAAGAUCCUCGAUUUCGAAUAAACAAACCAACUCAGUGUCGUGGGAGACACCAGAACGUGGUACCGAAAUACCCGCGUCUGCUGCCUCCUGUAGCUCACCUAGGAAAUAAUGUUGAACGCAGUAAAUCAUGCAAACAUCAUUUUUCAUUUGGUGGAACAUCGUAUGAUUCUGAUUUCAUACAACAUAUUGUUCCAUAUAUUGAUUUACAAGAAAUAGUUACUGAUCCGCCUGAACCAAUUCGCGGAAUCGGUUGGUACUACAGAGGUUAUCCUGAAUCUGGAGGAUUUUUGGCUUUAAGAAUUUGGAAAUAAGAAUAAUCAUUGCUCAAUUUAUAUUGAACAAUAAAUGUUGGAGUAAAAUGAAUAUAAGUACCUGCUCAGUUUUCGAAGUCGAUAAAAUAUUAUUAGAUACUAUAGUUAGAAUAAUUUUUUAUGACUUCGAAACGUAGACAUCUACAAACUCGAUUUUUAAAAAUUGUACUGAUAUUAAUAGCAAGAUCUUUUAAAAAAAAUUAACUUUUUACAGUUGGAAGUUACUGAGCAAAUAUAAUAUAAAAUAAUUAGAAGACCUAACAAUCAUAUUGUUGUAAAUUGUGUUUUAUAGAAAAAAUUAAAGUUAUUCAUUUUCGGAGUGACGGAAAAUUUUUUAAACAUAAAAUAUAAAAAUAAAUGAAAAAGUAAUUCGAUUUUUUUUCCACU